AUGGGCGUUCCGGGCAGCGGGCAAGGCCGGGUGUCCCGGCCCCGCUGCCUUGCAGCGAGCUUGGCGCUGGCGGUGCUGGCCGCGGGGGCCGGGCCGCUCGCAGCUGGAGAGUGGGAGCCCGCGGAGGAGCCGCCCGAACCCCGCGGCCGCUCCCCUUUCCAGCCCAGCACGGGCCUGCCCCCGGUGGAGUUCGGGGCCGUGGUAGCGGCCUCGUACCGGGGCCCUGGGAACGGCGACACCCGCCGCAACCGGGAGCUGCCCAUCCUGCUGUGGUGGAGCCCGGGCCUCUUCCCGCACUUCCCGGGGGACACGGAGCGCAUCGACUGCGCGCGCCACUCCUGCCUGGUGACCCGGCGCCGGCGCGUGGCGCGGCACCAGCGCACCAAGGCCCUUAUCUUCUACGGGACCGACUUCCGGGCCUACGAGGCCCCGCUGCCGCGCCUGCCCCACCAGACCUGGGCGCUGUUCCACGAGGAGUCCCCCAUGAACAACUACCUGCUCUCCCACCGGCCCGGCAUCGGCCUCUUCAACUACACCGCCACCUUCCGGAGGGAGUCGGACUAUCCGCUGACCCUGCAGUGGCUGCCCAGCCUGGCCUACCUGCGCCGGGCCGCCCUGCCGCUGGCGGAGAAGGAGCGGUGGCGAAAGCAGGGCUAUGCCCCGGUGCUGUACAUGCAGUCCCACUGCGAUGUCGCCUCCGACAGGGACAGAUACGUGCGGGAGCUCAUGAAGCACAUCCAGGUAGACUCCUAUGGUAAAUGCCUGAAUAACCGAGAGCUUCCCAGUGAGAGGCUGAGGGACACUUCUACAGCCACAACAGAGGAUUCUGAAUUCAUGACCUUUAUCUCCAGGUACAAGUUUCAUCUUGCCAUGGAGAAUGCUAUAUGCAAUGACUACAUGACCGAGAAGCUGUGGCGUCCAAUGCAUUUGGGUGCCAUCCCUGUAUACCGAGGCUCCCCAUCUGUGCGGGACUGGAUGCCUGAUGACCUCUCCAUCAUCCUCGUGGAUGAUUUCCAAAGCCCCCAAGAGCUUGCACAGUUCCUUGACUUCCUGGACAGGAAUGGAGAGGAGUAUUUGAAAUACCUAGAGUAUAAGAAGCCAGGAGGCAUUACAAACCAGUUUCUGCUGGAGAACAUGGAGAGGCGUGAGUGGGGAGUGAAUGACAUGACUUUGCCCAAUUACCUGAAUGGCUUUGAGUGUUUCGUCUGUGACAGGGAGAACAUCCGAGUCGCUAGUGAACGGGAUCAUAAGAAAUCUCAUGGGAAAGUGCCAGCUCCUAAACCUCACAUAGCUCAGUUCACACACAUGGGGUGCCCUAUGCCAGCCCCUGGCUUUGGAAACAUUGAGGAUCUCUUUGCAGGAGACAGCUGGAAGGAGAUGUGGCUACAGGAUUAUUGGCAGAGCCUUGAUCAGGGUGAGGCCCUAACCACCAUGAUUCACCAUAAUGAGUCUCAUCAGGGAAGAUUUUGGGAUUAUAUGCAUGAGAUCUUCCUGAAAAGGACCAGACAGCAAUGACCAUCGUCAUGAGCACCUAGUUCACUGUUACACAGGAGGCUGGAGGGUAGGGACUUUUACCUGUCUCCGAAGACUCUGUCUUGGAAUGCAAGAGGAAUUGCUCAUCUUGUAUCUCAUUCUGACUUUGGAGACCUUCACUUUCAUGGGGUCUGAGGACAGUCAGUCUCUGAUCAGGCUUGAGUUCACCCCACACAACACACUCCACUUCAGCAGUGGGUUCCCAUCCCUGUUCUGGAGACACCAUCCUCUGGGGUCAGAGAAGAAUUCAGUCUCUUUGUGCUUUCAGUGUAAUUUCCUGAGCAAAAAAGUAUUACACUUUGUGCCAAAUGACUUGGAACAUAGGCCUGUUGAGGCUGAACUGAGGUGUCCUAAGCUUGUUUCAUUUCAGGAAUUUAAUUCCACAUAUUCAGUGUUAUUUUUGUAAAGGCUUUUUAUUUUGCUAGGCACUUAUCCCUCCCAUUAAGAUGGUUUUUUUUUUUAAAUCAGGGAUACUGGUAAAUGACCAGCUUUUAUGAACAGUUAAUUUUUCCAGUGAGGCAAUUAUGGUAGAUUAAUAUCUGGGAAGAGGGUUAUGCCUUAUGAAACUUCAGUGAUAAAGCAUUCCCUCUUCAAGUGAAUAUGCCUCAAACAUAGUAAAUUUCAGGAAGCUUUUUUCCUUUCCCUGCCCUCCCCUCCAUUAAAUAGAGUUCACUUCUGUUGAAUGAUGACAAUCUUAGUGGUCUUGGCAAAAACAUAAUUUCAGAUGUGGUAUUUCUUACUCCAGUAAAUCUCAUAAUGAUCAGGAUAUGGAAAGAACUGUGCAAUUUAUACCCCCACACUGUGGGCAUGAGCACGUGAGAUUUACAUGCUGUGUGAGUCCAAUUCACUACUUAUC